GAGAGAGAGAGAGAGGGAAGGAGAGGUCACAUGGCAUGUGAGCAACAGCUGUGCUCAGUGUUCUCCUCCCUCACCCUCUCCAUCCCCGAUAAAUAACCCCUCUCCUUCCUUACUCUCGUCUUUUGACUCUCUCGAGCGCCUUCUGCGCUCUCUUUCUCUCUCUCUAGCUCUUUCUCUCUAAGGUCGCUAAUGGCGGAACUGAAACCCUAGAAAAGCUGAGAAACUACUAUGAUGAGAAGUCUGUGUAUAUUCCAGUUUCAGUCAAUGGAGUUGCAGAAGCUUUUGUACUUGGUUGCAGUCAUCUCUGUCGCUUUUCUCGCCGGGAGAGGCUCGCCGGCGGCCAUUAAUAGUGGUCUGAAAGAUACCCAAUUGUUGCUUUCGUUCAAAGGUACGCUUUUAAAUCCAAACUUACUCCAAAAUUGGCAGUGGAAUCAGAAUCCUUGCGGUUUCAGCGGAGUUACAUGUAAGGACUCCAGAGUUUCAGCUCUCGAUCUUAGUUCUAUCCCGUUAGCCUCCGAUUUUAAGUCUGUUGCUUCGACUCUCUUGAGCUUGGAGCGUUUGGAGUCGUUGGUGCUGAAGCGUACGAAUCUUACCGGGAACCUCUCGUCGGCUUCGGGUUCUCGGUGUAGUGAGAUGUUGAGCGAGCUGGAUCUGGCAGAGAACGGUUUGUCUGGUUCCGUUUCGGACAUUUCGCGUUUGUCUUCGUGCUCGAGCUUGAAAUCUCUGAACCUCUCGAGGAAUUCGUUGGGUCCUUUGAAUGGAGGGAAGGAUUCCGGUGGUCCACGGAUCAGUUUCCAGUCCCUUGAUCUCUCCUUUAAUCGUAUUUCUGGUCAAAACGUUGUCUCAUGGCUAUUGUCCGGUGGUUGUGCCGAGCUCAAGUACUUGUCUUUGGAGGCAAACAAAAUCGCCGGGAAUAUUCCGGUAUCCGAGUGCCGGAGUUUGCAGUAUCUCGACCUCUCCACCAACAAUUUCUCGGGGUCUGUACCCUCUUUCGGCACCUGUGUAGCUUUGCAGCAUCUGGAUCUCUCCGAUAAUAAAUUUUCCGGCGACAUCGGUGUUGGGCUGUCCGGGUGUCAGCAACUGAACUUCUUGAAUCUAUCCAGCAACCAGUUUUCGGGAAAAAUCCCAUCUUUCCCCGACGGAAGUUUGCAAUAUCUUUACCUCUCCACUAACGACCUCGAGGGAGGGAUACCUCUGCAUCUGGCCGACCUUUGUCCAACUCUUAUCGAACUUGAUCUUUCCUCGAACCACUUGAUUGGUAUGGUUCCUAACACUUUGGCUUCUUGUUCUUUAUUGGAAACCAUUAAUCUCUCCAACAACAACUUAUCUGGUGAAUUCCCAAUCGAGACCCUGUUCAAGAUGACUAGUUUGAAGAAGCUUAUUCUAUCUUACAAUAAUUUUGUUGGUGCUUUGCCGGAUUCGUUGUCAACGCUUACGAAUUUGGACUUGUUCGACCUAAGCUCUAAUAAUCUUUCUGAGCCAAUUCCUCCGGGACUGUGCCAGGGUCCCAAUAAGAGCAUAAAGGAGCUGUAUCUUCAGAACAAUCUCUUAACAGGCACUAUUCCUGCAACUCUCAGUAACUGUUCUCAGCUGGUUUCUCUCGAUCUUAGCUUCAAUUACCUCACCGGGGUCAUCCCUACAAGUUUGGGUUCCCUGUCUCAGCUCCGUGACCUGAUAAUGUGGAUGAAUCAGCUCGAGGGUGAGAUACCACAGGAGCUUAUGUACAUCCAAACGCUUGAAAACCUGAUCCUGGACAAUAAUGGAUUAACUGGUACUAUUCCUUCCGGUUUAAGCAACUGUACUUCUCUGAAUUGGAUCUCGUUGUCGAGCAAUCAAUUGAGUGGUGAAAUCCCGGCGUGGAUUGGCCAGUUGAGUAAUUUAGCAAUCCUGAAACUCGGAAACAACUCGUUCUCUGGUAGCAUCCCUCCAGAACUUGGGGACUGUAAGAGCUUGAUAUGGUUGGAUCUCAAUGACAACAAGUUGACUGGAACCAUUCCCUCUACCUUGGCUAAGCAAACUGGCAACAUUGCUGUAGGGUUGAUUACGGGAAAGAGGUAUGUGUAUCUGAAGAAUGAUGGAAGCAGUCAGUGCCGUGGCGCUGGAAACCUCCUCGAAUAUGCUGGGAUCCGCCAGGAUGGGUUGAAUAGAAUCCCCACCAGGCAGUCGUGCAACUUUACCAGAAUCUACUUCGGCAGUACCCAGUACACGUUCAACAACAAUGGCUCCAUAAUAUUUCUUGAUCUAUCCUACAAUAUGUUGGAGGGUAGUAUUCCAAAGGAGAUUGGGGACAUAUAUUAUCUCUAUGUAUUGAAUCUGGGUCACAACAAUCUCUCUGGCCCCAUCCCUACAGAGCUGGGAAACUUAAAGAAUGUUGGGAUUCUUGAUCUUUCUCACAAUAGUCUCAAUGGGUCAAUCCCUCCAUCCUUAUCUGGCCUUACUCUGCUUUCUGAGAUUGAUUUGUCCAACAACAACCUCUCUGGACCCAUUCCUGAAUCAGGUCAGCUCGCGACUUUUCCACCUUGGAGAUAUCAGAACAAUAGUCUGUGUGGCUAUCCUCUUGAUGUGCGCUGUGGAGAGAGUGACCCAAAUGCAUCAUCUCAGCAUCCAAAGUCUCACCGCAGGCAAGCCUCACUUGCCGGGAGUGUGGCAAUGGGCUUAUUGUUCUCCCUCUUCUGCACCUUUGCUUUGAUUAUUGUUGCCAUUGAGAUCAAGAAGAGGAGGAAGAACAGGGAAAUGACACUGGACGGCUACAUCGACAGCCGAUCUCACUCAGGAACUGCAAAUACCAGCUGGAGGUUAACGGGUGCUCGGGAAGCAUUAAGCAUAAAUCUUGCUACCUUUGAGAAGCCCCUUCGGAAGCUUACAUUUGCCGAUCUUCUUGAAGCCACAAAUGGAUUUCACAAUGACAGCCUCAUUGGCUCAGGUGGUUUUGGAGAUGUGUACAAAGCCCAACUCAAGGAUGGAACAGUUGUGGCCAUCAAGAAACUAAUCCAUGUUAGCGGACAAGGGGACCGAGAAUUCAUGGCUGAAAUGGAGACUAUUGGCAAGAUCAAGCACCGGAACCUUGUCCCCCUCCUGGGUUACUGCAAGGUCGGGGAAGAACGGCUAUUGGUUUAUGAAUACAUGAAGUUUGGCAGCCUAGAAGAUGUCCUACAUGAUCGUAAGAAGGCUGGAAUCAAGCUGAACUGGACGGCAAGGAGGAAAAUUGCCAUUGGAGCUGCAAGGGGAUUAGCUUUCCUUCACCACAAUUGCAUUCCUCAUAUAAUUCACAGGGAUAUGAAAUCAAGCAAUGUCCUGCUUGAUGAGAAUUUGGAAGCUAGGGUGUCAGAUUUUGGAAUGGCAAGGCUGGUGAGUGCAAUGGACACUCAUCUGAGUGUCAGCACACUUGCAGGCACCCCAGGCUACGUUCCACCUGAAUACUACCAAAGCUUUAGGUGCUCUACCAAAGGUGAUGUUUAUAGCUAUGGAGUUGUCUUGCUGGAGUUGUUAACAGGUAAGCAGCCAACAGACUGCCCUGAUUUUGGUGACAACAACCUAGUGGGGUGGGUCAAGCAGCAUGCCAAGCUAAAAAUAAGUGAUGUUUUCGACCCUGAGCUCAUUAAAGAGGACCCCAGCUUGGAGAUGGAGCUGCUGCAACACUUAAAAAUUGCAUGUGCAUGCUUGGAUGAUCGGGCAUGGCGGCGACCCACAAUGAUACAAGUAAUGGCAUUGUUCAAAGAAAUCCAGGCAGGUUCAGGCAUCGACUCCUCUGCAACAAUUGCCUCCGAGGAUGCGAGCUUUGGUGCAGUUGGAGCCAACAUGACCAUAAAGGAAGGUUCUGAGCUAAGCAAGCCGUAAAGGAAGAUCAAAAGUUUUUGGAGGAAAAGAAAAAGAUUCUUUGAGAAGAAGGUGAUAAUUUUUGCCAGUCCUCUCAAUUUUUUCCCAUGGUUUUGCCACCUUGACUGGUACAAAAUCCCCUUGGUGUAUCUCUAUCAAUCAAUGUAUGUAUUAUAUGUCUCUCUUUCUCUCCCAACAUCUUGUUAUUUACACAUCAAAGGCUUUUUAACUUGUUAUGUGUACAUACUCGUACGUAUUUUGACAUAAAGUAGUUAAGGCUGGUUUUAUUUCCAUUUCCUUUCUGUGUUUCUUCUUCCCUACAACUCAAGUGAACCUUGUUUUCAAAGCUAAUCCUUAACAAAAGGAAGGUGGUUGUUGAUC